AUGUCUACUAAACUCAAAAAUCUGUCAUCAAACAUGAACCAACAAAUAAAAGAGUAUAUCGAUAAUGCAUGCCAAGCAACUAUGUCAACACUAUUAGAAAAGGUGAAGGAACUAAUAAAAAAUGAAAGUGACAAGAAAACGAAAGGGGAAGAAAAAGACAAGAAAAUGAAAAGAGAAGAAAAAGACAAGAAAAUGAAAGAGGAAGAAAAAGACAAGAACCGAAAGGGGAAGAAAAAGACAAGAAAACAAAAGGGGAAGAAAAAGACAAAAAAACGAAAGGAGAAGAAAAAGACAAGAAAACGAAAGGGGAAGAAAAAAACAAGAAAACGAAAGGAGAAGAAAAAGACAAGAACUGAAAGGAGAAGAAAAAGACAAGAAAACGAAAAGGGAAGAAAAAGACAAGAAAACGAAAAGGGAAGAAAAAGACAAGAAAAUGAAAGAGGAAGAAAAAGACAAGAAAACGAAAGAAGAAGAAAAAGACAAAAACUGAAAGGAGAAGAAAAAGACAAGAAAACGAAAGAGGAAGAAAAAGACAAGAAAAUGAAAGGGGAAGAAAAAGACAAAAAAAACAAAAGGGAAAAAAAAGACAAAAAAAUGAAAAGGAAAGAAAAAAGACAAGAAAACGAAAAGAGAAAAAAAAGACAAGAAAACGAAAGGGGAAGAAAAAGACAAGAACUGAAGGGAACAAAAAAAAGAACCGAAGGGAACGAAGAAAAAGACAAGAAUCAAAGAGAACGAAGAAAAAGACAAGAACCAAAGGAAACGAAGAAAAAGAACCAAAGGGAACAAAGAAAAAGACAAGAACCAAAGAGAACGAAAAAAAAGACAAGAACCGAAAAGAAUGAAGAAAAAGACAAGAACCAAAGAGAACGAAGAAAAAGACAAGAACCGAAGAGAACGAAGAAAAAGAAUCGAAGAGAAUGA